AAUUGGCUCCUAUGUGGCUUUUAUUUCGCUCUAAGCACAAAAAAUUAGUACUCAAAUGUUUUCCAUCCAGAAAAAUAGGAGGAUCGGAACCUAACGGUUCACCUUUAGCUUACCUAAGCUACUAUGCCGCAUCCAACUCAGGGAAAUUGAGGAAGGUCAUUCGGUAUCUAAGUCAUUUAGUACAACACAGCGUAUACAGAAGAAGGGAUAAUGAAACGGUCAUUGCAUUAAAAAUUUGUCGUACUCUGAUUCAAAAAUGCCCUGAAAAUGUCAUGAUUAUGGCCUCAGAGAUUAUUAAAAUAUUGUUGGCUUCUAGUAAUUUAAGAGUUUUCGACGUUCAAAGUGUUUCAGUGGAUUGUUUUGCUGUCUUUUGUGAACGGAGUAUAAAAACUAAUUCUUUGGCAUUUGGAAAUGAAUUUUAUAAAUCAUUUGAUGAAUUAGUCUCAUUCUAUUUUGACCUAACUAGAAGUACAAGUUCCCCAGAUCCCCAACAAUCGAGAAUGCUAGGUUUGAAGGCAUUUCACGCCUUGACGUCUUGUAAGCUAUCAAACGUUGAAGGCGAAUCACAUAGCCAACCACAUUUCGUUAUUCAUGCAUUUCUAAGCAAUGCUUGGAGUCAAGAUGAUACGGCUCAACAAAGCUUUACUGCUUUGGUACACUCAACAGCUAAGACAUUCAGGCCGUUACCUCCUAGUAGUACUGGUAUAUCUUUACCAGAACAUGAUGAAGUUGGCGACACCGUAGAGAUCGCAAAUAAAAGGCUAUCUCUGAGGAUUUUAUAUAACGUGUAUACUCAGACGAAUCCUGUUUUCAUGGCUGAAUGCACAAAGUCUCUUGUUCAUUUUCUAUCUGGUAAAUCAGAUACUUUGGUUAAUCGGACCUAUAUUUCUGUCAUACUCAACCAAAUAGUUGAGUGGACGCCGGUUGAACUUCGCCAUUCUAUCUUUUUUUGCUGUUUACGUUGUUUGCAAAGCGGCCACGUUGAAGAGGCUAAUACUAAUGUUUUGGUUCCCUACAUGAUUCAUUCCAUACUAAAUUCUCAAAGUUCCAUUCCAGGCCUUUCUGUGAUUGACGUUCUCAGAGAGCUACAAUUCCAUCUUUUAAUUGCGAUUGAAAAUACGCAACUUAGUGAUUCUGAAUGGUACACCUUGUGUACAUCACCAACCGAGCGAUUACCUCGGCGUUUAUAUUUACUUCUCCAGUGUAUAACUUCCUUGAUUAACCAUCAAUAUUACAGCGAGGAAUUUGCCGACGUUUGGAAAGAGAUGGAUUUAUUUUCGAGUGAAAAGGCUUCAACAGCCACUCAACUGAUCGUGCUUACGGCUUUGGAUACCAUGCAAAUGGAACAAAUGGAGAAGGAAAGGCCGUCUUCGGUCGGUACGCUUUCAUUCAUUGCUGAUUUCUUGUAUAAAGCUUGGCCAGCAACAUUUCAGCGUGUGUAUAUUUCGGAUUCUCCUUUUGUUCGCUUAAAAACAGUCAACGUCUUUUUUGAGUUUUUAAACAUUUCACCUACAUCUAUUUUUGACUUUCAUACAGUUUUUGGAAAAAGUACAGUUUCUUAUUUCUCCGCUUUAUGGAGCUUCAUAUAUGAAAUAAGUGGACUAAUUGAAAAAUGGCUUGGAAAGUUUUGUUUCAUGAGUGAGUUUGAGGCUGUACUCAAAUUAUUACAAAAGUUUUACGCCCUUUAUGGACCUAUUACUGUAGCAGCUUUCCUCCCAUCUCUGUAUCGAGCUUUAAAUGUCAUGGAAGGGCAUUAUUUGGUAUCGCAUCAAGCAUUGAUUGCCGAUUAUCUUCUUUACGUCUCGGACUGCUUGAGUAACGAUGCCUUAAAAAGUAUGAGCUCAAAGUGGAGAGCGACUCUACCAUCUAAUGCUCUCCCACGUUUGGAAACUAAUACCGGGAUAACUAAGAACUUGUGGGAUCCCUUGCCCACAAAUACUACUAGCACUGUUUAUCUUCCGCUUGAAGAGGUUGUUUCAGAAUUAUUACAGAAGAAUCCUUCAGUUUAUCCCGAGGAAUCAAAAAUUCUGUUUUUGGAGAAAUCUUGGCAUCCAAAAUAUUCGACCUUUUAUGAGAAACUACAAAAACCUACGAAAACAGUUACUUUAACUUCACCCUCAGAAAACUCAAUAUCUAAUGGGUUGUCCACUUCAGAUUUUAAUCCAAAUCCAGUAAUGGUUCACACACACCCGUCUGCAAAAGUCGACAAUCAAAACCCAAAAAAUGAGAAGAUUUUAACAUUGAAGCAAGCUUUAGAAUCUCCUCCGAAUGCUCGAACAUCAUCGGGUUUCCGUACACCAUCUGAAAUAACACUGUCUUUGCGUUCUGCCAGUCCCCUCCCGCUAUUGGACAUAUUUAAUAUAAAUAAUUCUCUCUCAACGCCGACAAUCCAACACCCUCCCUACGUUAACUUAUAGAGCUUGUUUUGCAUGUUUGGAAUAGAUAAACGUUAAAAAAUUAUCGCUUUCCUUUUGACUUCGUUCUUUGUGAAUACACGGUUUUUCUCACUUAGUCUGUUAGAAGAUUACGUAGAUAUAUAUAUAUAUGUAAAUGUUCACUGAAUAAAUGUCUUCUCAACCUC